AUGUUUUCUUCUUUUUUUAUAAGCAAAAUUAAUAAUCUUUUUUUUUUCAACCAUUUGAAUAAUAUAUUUUACAAAAAUAUUCAGUCAAGAUAUCAUAAAAUUAUAAAACCUAGAAAUAUUAUUAAAAUAUGGAAAAUUCAAAAGGGGGAUGAAGUAAAAAUAAUAUCAGGAAAGGAAAAAGGAAAAAUUGGUGAAGUGUUAAGCUGUGAUAAGUUUAGAAAUAUGGUAAAAGUAAAAGGAUGUAACUUAAGAAAAAUUUUUGUUGAUAAUAAAUUUGCUUAUAUUGAAAAAAAAAUUCAUUAUUCCAAUGUUCAAUUAAUAGAUAGCUUUUUAAAAACAAAUACAAAAGUUGCAAUUAGAUAUACUGAUGACAAUCAAAUAAUUAGAAUUUCUAAAAAAUCGGGAAUUAUAAUACCAUGGCCAAGAGAAAAAAAUAAAGAAAAUGAAAAUGAAGAAGUAGAAGAAAACCCUUUAGAUACUUCCCCACAGGAAGCUUUAAAAAAAACAUAUGAUUAUAAAACAGAUGUGAAAUUCAUGAAUAUAUUAAGGCAAACGGUCAACAAAUAUAAUAGAGAAUUAUCUUAA